CAACCCUGACUGAAAGAGGGAGAGAAUGUUUGCAUCGAGAUAAACAAGAAAAUUGAAUUGAAUACGGAUGACGAAUUGGAUAUGAACUUGAAAUCUAAAUGGCUUUCUCUUGGAAUACUGGUUAUCAUCCUCCUUGAAUUUGACAUCGCUAGAUCAAUUAUGGAAGAGACAGAAGAGUUAACAUCGUUGAAAAUUCAUUCACCUUCCUCUCACGUCGCUCUAUCGGGGGAUCUCGUGAUAUCUGUAAUAAAUUCAAAUGAAACAUUAGACGAAACAAAGUACAAAUACGAGUUCAAAAAAGAAAAUAAUCAGGAUAUUAAACAGCUAGACGAUAAUGUUUCUAAUGAAUUAUCUCUAUUAAGAAUAUUGUACCUUUUCGACGACAUAUCAGAACUAAUUGGUGAAAUCCAAUUAGAAAAGCUGCCUUCUGAAAAUGAAACUGUUUCAAUUAUCAUACCUUGCGGAUAUUUUACUCGUGGUGGUAUUUACGUUUUGCAAAUCGAGUACAAAUACAAAAAUUCAGCGGUGUCUAUUGUCUCCAAUUAUCAGACAAGUAAAAUUUUGGAUGUAAAGUGGCCAAUGCCGGUAAUCUAUUUGGAAUCUCAACAAAUUACUACCUAUCCGAAUAAACCAGUCAAAACCAUGAUUAAAUAUGACGGUGUUAAUUGUAGUCCUUCCGAUAAUGUUCCUGUAACAGUCUAUAUUUUACAAUUAAUAUAUUGCGGUUCAACUGUGACUGCUUGUUAUCUACAGAAUUAUACUUAUAUUCAAGUACUAUAUCACGAAGAAAUAAGAGAAUUUUUAUCAUCAAAAACUAUUUUUUUCCAAUGCGAAUAUUUCGGAUUGCCAGGAAAUUAUGCGGUCAGAUUGAAAGCAUCGAAUGUCAAUCCUACAGCACCAAAUACAAGUGUUUAUUUCAAGGUAAAUUGGUCAGAAGAAUUUAAAUUGACAGUCCAUGCAAGAUCGAUAUAUCCUUGCGAGGGAUCAGGAGGUGUGUCCGUCCUUUUCGAAUAUCCUUCUUGUCGACUGGAAGGUGAUCGUGUUCGCGUUUACGGACGUUUAAAGGCUGACGUUACAUCCGUUGCUUCACCCUCAACUCUUCAUUACAUUACGGAAUCUAGAUCGAUACCUGGCAAACACUCGUUGGCCUUUGACUGCGAUUUUUUUACAGAAAAAUUUGUUGAAUAUUGUUUCAUCUAUGUCAGUCAAGCUAUCACAGGUGCUAUGGUGGACGUUAAGAUAUCUUGUAUACCCACAUUUCCUUUUCAAGAAGGUGAUGCCGCUGGAUGGGGACCAUGGAGUCCUUGGAGCCCAUGCAGUAGCUCUUGUUUCGGAGGUAUUCGAAAUCGCUAUCGUUUUUGUGAUACUCCUCCACCAAAAUAUGGGACAAAAUUUUGCCAGGGAAAUGCGAUAGAAACUGAAUUCUGUGGCAAAGGAUUUUGGGAGGAGUCCGGUACAAAAGAAUGGCAGAAUCAAAUUGAAUAUUCCGAAUGCCACGGUGCGGUUUUAGCCGCGACCAAGCCUGAAGUUGUGGCUGAGAUUGGAUUACAGUGUCGAUGUGGAUGCCGUGUUACAUUGAAGGAACAAUUUACCAGAAAGAUAUUAGGAGCUAAUACUCAAGCAUGUCCUGGCAGAUCUUUCUGGCUUUUACAGGUACCGGCGGAUACGAAUUUUGUAAUAGGACUACAUUUAAAUCAAUUACAAUUUCCUUGCCCGGGACAGUACUUUCGUGUUCGAGAUGGCAAUUCUCUGAACGCGGAUCUUCUGAUCGACGUUACCUCUGAUAAGAUACACCACACUGCAAAAACGUUAAUAAGUUCUGGAGAAAAUUUAUUGUUGGAAUUUUUUAGCGACGAACUUACAGCAUCCGGGGAUGCGUGUAUCGGUGGUUUCCUUGCUCAUGCAGCUGUACUAGAUAAAAAAUACUUAAAAAGAAAUGGAAGUGUAACCGUUGUGCCUUUUGAAGUCAAUUCAACGAACGUUGAAAAAGAAUGGAUCUUUUGGAAACCAGCACACUUAGUAACUGCCUUACUUUUGAUACUGAUAUUCAUAGUUUCUAUCUUUUUGACAUUGCAAUUUGUCAUUAAAUACCGAAAGUAUCGUAUAGCUGAAGAUAUGGAUAAUCUCAGCGACGUUUCUGAGGUAACGCCUGGCCGAUCAAAAUGUUUGUCUACGAGUACGCUUAUUUCUGAAGUGUUCUCAAUGAUAGAAACUACCACAAAGAGUUCUCCGAAAGAAGUUUUACGUAGUAGUACAGUAGAGCAGUAUAAUAGUACUGAAACUUUGACUGGUUACAAGGAAGAGUCUACCCUAAGUUCCAGUACAUUAAAACUGAAUAAUACAGUUGAAACUUCUUCGGAUGAAACAGUCACAUCAAUGAAAUCAGACUGUGAUAAAUUAUUAUCAGCUUCCAGUAUUGUUUAUAACAAGCCUGAAGUGAAGUAUGCUUAUCCUGUAAGGUUGCAAAGAAUAGAUUAUAAUGCCUUGGAAGGAAAGAUAUUAAAAAUAGAAAAUGAAAAAUUAGAAGAUAGGAGCAAUGAUACCUUAAAGAUUUAUCAGAACAAUGGAAUGAAUUAUUCUGAAGGAAAGGAAUCUUCUCCUGAAAGUACCGUUUCGAGUUCAUCGAAUUCAGGAGGUGGGAAAGAAACUAAAGAAAAAAGAAACCGUGAAAAACUUUUACAAGGGCCAGGAUCAGAAUUUAGUUUAACGAAUCUUGAUUCAGAAUUAGAAUUAGAUUAUUAUGAUUAUAAUGUAGCGAAUGCGAGUGCUGUUCCUGGCUCUUAUUUAGGAAUGGACCCUGCAUUUCUAGUCUGGAUUCCACCUAUUGACGACAUAAAACUUGAUACAGAAGAUUUCCUCUUAGGCAACAAAAGGGAUUCCAUUUUAACUCUUGAAACUGAAGGUAUAGCGCUAACACCUUCUGAAUAUAGAAGAAUGAAACUCUCUACCUUUGAUGACUUUAAACUUGAGUUAGACCCAGGAGAAAAAUAUUUUAAGAAGGAUGAAAAAACUUGCCAAAAUUUGGAUUAUGGAAGCUUAAUGAAAGAUGAGAUUUCUGGAACUACCAGAACAAGAACUUUUGAAAAAUUACUUCCUAUUCAAAAGCUGUUAGAAGAUUCUAGCAUUAAAGUGAGCAUGGAAUCUGUAUCUAGUGUUCUUGAACAUAAGCAAUAUUGUGUUAUUCCAAACAGAAGGGUUUACAUAGGUAAAGAUGAGGAAUCAGUUGAGAAAUCUAAUUCUCCUAAAAGCAUCCUUGCUAGUCCUAUAAAUAUGCUUGAUAGCAGUGAGAAUAAUAAAGAGAAAUUCAAUUCUCCUUCGAAUAAAGUUUUGCAAAAGGAUUUGCUUAAAAUAACACAAAGUAAUUCGAAUCAAAGGAAAAUUUCGAAAACUCAAGAGGGCGAAUUAACGAACAUAUCUUGCACUUAUAAAGAAUUAAUGGCGUGCACCCAAUCAUUUACAAAUGUACAAGAUACGGUAAAUAUUCCGAUGACCGAAUUGUCAGGUAGUCCUUUAAGAAAUAUUACACAGGUUCAAAAAAGAGAGACUGAUGUCUCUUUAAAUAUUCAGAACUCAGAUUGUGGUAUAGAAGCACUUUGUAUAAAGCAGGGUUCUCUUUAUGAUCAAAACAUUAAAUUUGUUGAUGAUGACGAUGACGACGAUUACAUUGGUUAAAACUUACAUAAAUUUAUCUUUUUUCCCUUUUGAUAAUACCAAAGACAUUUCUCUUCUGAUAUAAAUUUAUUUUUAUUCCAAGCGUAAAUUUGAUUAGCCUUAGAUACUUUAUUUAAAUAUAUAUUUUCCGUUAUA